CGAGCAGCAGCAGCAGCAGCAGCAGCAGCAGCAGCCAGCGACCAGAGACCAGCGACCAGAGACGCAAGACGGGGAGGAAACUGUGAAAUCUCCGAAGUGUCAUACUCGACGUUUCUCUUCAAAUACGUUUCCCCAGUUGAACAGAGGAGAGCAAUAAGCUGACCGCAGUCAUGUACCUGAAGGUGGUGUUUUUCGCUGUAGUUGUGGCUCUCAUUGGCGCAUCAACCGCAUCAGACUCAGAUGGAUGUUCCGGCCUGUCAUGUGCUUCAUGUACAGCCAAUAGUGCCUGCGCCUGGGUCAAUUGCACAUCAUCUUUUGGCUGUUACAACAUGACUCUUCAGGCAGGAAACGACUCUUGCAUCAACACUACCUGCUCAGCUUCUCCAACUCCAACAGCCCCGAUUUCAACUGCCUCUGCACCUACGACUACUUCCCAUACUCCCACAACCCCCACUACCCAUGCUGCCUCCACUGCCUCUAACAGCAGCAGCAGCGCUCAGCCCACCACAGGCAACUCAACCAUCAUUACCCCCACUCAGACUAGUAACACCUCCUCCGCUUCUUCCACUACUACAACUGGAACCAGCACAAGCACCCCAGCAAUUGCCCCAACUCCUGCCCCUCACAAGAACUCAACCUUUGACGCUGCAAGCUUCAUUGGUGGAAUAGUGCUGGUUCUGGGCCUGCAGGCUGUGAUCUUCUUCCUCUACAAAUUCUGCAAGUCCAAGGACCGCAACUACCACACCCUUUGAAGCAGCAUCUCUGUUGGAUCCACAUCACUCGACCCGUCCCCACCAACUAGAACCUUCCAGUGAAGACUUCCCCACUCAACACGCACUCAUCACGACAAACUCAAACAGUGUUUUCAAGCAGGUUUUUUUUCUUUAAUUAUUUUUUGAUGUCUGUGCCACCUGUGGUUUCGGCCGGCAUUAGUGCUGUAGUUGUAGUCUGAAUUUAAGGCACCCAUGCAUGCCUGUAUGUGUGCACAUCGCACCAACUUGUAAAAUGAAACAAAUCUCUAGUGAUAUGUCAUUUAAGCCUUGAGCAUAUGGAUUACAUCAUCUGGUAGCUACUCCCACCUCCAUCAUGCUGUUAGGCAUAGCUCCAAAACCAUUUUCCAGGGAAUUGAGGGGGCUGGUGUUAUUUACAGCCCCUCUCCUCACCACAUGAAAAUCAAAGAAUUAGUCGUGUAUUAAGAGUAGCUUUCAUUUGAAGCUUGGGAGUAGUACAGCUGCAAAGUGGUUGCAUUUACAGCCUUUCUUUUUUCUUUUUUUUUUUUUUAAUCUUGAUUUGGAAACACUGUUUGAGUUAACAGCUAUUCUCAAAUGUGACGAUCGUGAUGAUUCAGUAUUGCUUUUAGCCUGCUGAAUCGUGGGCAGGUUCCCUCCCCCCAUGCAGCUGUAUCGUGUGUAUGUGUUCAUAGAUGAUGUAAAAGAGGCGAGGUUAUUUGCGAGGGAAUAAAAGCAACACCCAAUCAUCUAAUGUCAGGCCCAAAAAAUAGCAGUCAUUCGGGUAAACAGUCUUAUUUUGAUGGGUGCCUCCCUCGGCAUUUAGGAGAGUGCUGUGUGUUUUCUGAUGUUGAAUUCCCUGGGGAAACCUAUUGCCGAAUACGAGUUGUUAAAAAAAAAAAAAAAAAAAAAAAAAAAAAAAGUCAAACACCGACUGCUAGUUGAGCAGCUCAAUGCAAUAAAUCAUGUAUUAAGUUCAUUUCCCAACCAUUAAUCUCCGAACUGCUAUUUCUGAGCUUUACUGACAUCAAAUAUUACCCACACAGAUUGCUAAUGUGGAGCUGUCCCUUCCUUUCUGUGGAGUAGUCAAAAAAGGGUGAAAAUGAACGAUUGUAGAAUAUUUCAGAAAUAUGAAUAAUUCAUUUGUUUAAAUAAUUUAUAAAAAAAAAAGAGAAUGGGGAGACAAAGAAAAUGGCAUGCACCUUUCGUGAUGUGGACAGUGAUAGCAGUGAAGUGCCUUUAAUGUCCAGUAUGACGUAAAGAGAGAAAUGGAAGAGGAUUAGUUCUUUCUUCCCGGUUGAGGCCCUGAGUGUUGUCAUUAGUUUAUGUUUGCGAGACAGAAACCGUAUCGCGGUGCUGAUAUUGGUGGACAGUGAGAUCCGUAGUAAUCCAGCUGGACUGAAGAGCCUUUUAUUGUUGAAAAAUACGGUAAAUAGUUGUCACUUGAGGGCCUUGAUCAGUCUGGAUUGAAGUUUUUCCCUAUAAGUAGAGGACUAUAUUCAGACCAUGAAACCUAUGGUCUUCUCACUGGCGACCUUGUAUAAAUAGGUAAUUUAAAGGUACUCUCCUUUUUGUAGCUCCUAAUACAGCUUCCAAAUGUCCUCCCGUCUCACCUCACUAUAUAUGUUUCAGAACUCAGUUGUAAAAUGUGUUUAAUUUUAAAACGUGAACAAUGAGCUGGCAGGAAAUUUCAGACCGCUGUUAGGUGCUAUAAAUCCGGUAGUGUACCUUGAAUGGCAAACAUAUUGGGCUUAAUUUAAAAACUUGAGUACUGGAGAGUGCAUUGAGGUUCAAAAUGUUGACUGUUUUGAGUGCUGGUUUGGUCGAAUGAGCAUUGCACCUCUGAUUUUGCCGUGUACAUGAGAAGAUUGCGAAUAGAGUGCAGAAUUGCAACAACUACGUGGCCAUGCUAGAGUUCAUUGUCAAGUUCUCUAAUUAGCUUGCUGCUAACUGUGUGAUUUAGUUUUUCUUUUAGUUUUUUUUAUUUGUCACUCCUGUACAUAGCCACAUCCUGUUUGUGUUUAUCUUCUUGGUUUCAACUUGAGGAAAGGCUAAAUGAAGGAGUGUUUAUCAGAACAUUUUUGCUUGUAGCAGCUUGUCAGUGUCAAGAAUGUUUUGUUUAAAUGCCUUUUUUUUUUUUUUUUGUCAUUAUUGCAUGCUGGAUGCUUGGAGUUGUGAUUUUUCCUCCCAUUGCAUAUGCUCUUAAGGGUUUAGACACACUUAAAACCACUUGAUUAGUUGUGAUUAGCCCAUAUGCUAGUUGAAAGAAUGCCUUGAAACAGUGUGCAUUAAGCCAAAGUCCUCAGUUUUGGCAUGGAAAUUGAGCAUUGCACUGACAAGCUUUGUUUUGUAACUUUGUCUUUGUAAAUGUUUUAAUGGUUUCAGCCAAAAAAAAAAAAGAAACAAAUCUGAUGCUUGUAUAAACACUCUUGAAUAUUAACUAGAUAAUGGAUGAAUAAUCACUUUGUUUUGUAUGACCACCAACAGUUAGAAACUCAUGAGUGCAGAUGUUUGCUUGUUUUUUUCCUGUUUGUUUUGGCUUGUGUAAUUUAGGAUUACAUGUUUUCUGCUGCUCACCAUCAACACGCCUUUUAACCUACAGUCACCUGGUGGCAUUAGGCUACAGCCCAAAGACCCAAGUAUGGCGAGUAGGCUACAGAGUUUUGCCUUAGCUGCACCCAUUUGUUCAUUCUCUGCAUGAGGAGUCCCUUCACCCCAAAAUUAGAGACGUAUUUGAGUUUAAUUCACAGCUGUUGAGUGGUACGCUGUGUAGCCACUGAAUCUAGUCAGUCAGAGUGCUCUCUGCUUUCGACAUGGAAGCUGCAUUCCUUAACAACACAGCAUCACAUGUUGACAUCGUGGUGUGUCAAAACACGUCUGGUAUCCGUUUAUACCAAUAGAUGUCCAUUGUGUUGCCUCUCUGCAGCUUCUCCAACAAGUUACUCAGUCCCUGCACCUCUUAAGGAAAAGUGCCUUAUUCAGUUAAUAUUCAUAUAUAGUUGUAGUUUGUAAGAUGAUAUGCCACACCUAUUAAAUAUCGAUGGGACUCAGCACUUUCAGACCCCUGUGAAGUGGUUUUCUGUGUUGUAUUCUGCUUAAAUGUCUCUUUUGUCACGCUCAGCCUUAACUUUUUGAUCAAAUCCACAGAGCAAUUGCUGGUGACGGGCUGUCUGGGCAAUUAUCAGGCUGAUUUUGUUUGAUGAGUGAAAAAUUGUUAGAUGUACUCGGAAAACUUAGGGCUGCAUUUCAGCUGCAUUUAAUUGCCUACAUUUUGACCAGUUACACAUUUGAAUUACGGGUGUUAUGUGUAAAUGCUGGUAGGUCGAUAUGAGCAGCUACUGUUUGGCACAGGUCUUCAACUACAUCUGGCCUGGCCGUAGCUUGGACACCUCGUCACUAGCCCAUUGCGAUAAAAUAACUCAUUGGUAACGUAUCCACAGCCACACACCUCUAGGGUUCUUUACUGCAUCAUUUCCUCCGUAAUGCAAACAGUCACACUAUAACUUGAACUCCACUUUGGUUGUAAUUUUCAGUUGUUGCAUUGAAUGACUUGUUUUUUUUCUCCUGCAGGAUUUUAAAUUCAAAAUCCAAAUUUGCUUGGUCAUGGAGGACUCUCCUAUCAGUUUUCAGCCUUGUAGUGUUCGGUUCCAAGAGCGAUGAGUAAAGAGCUUUUUGAUUCCAUUCUUUUGCCUUGUGGCUUUAUUGCUAUGCGCACACAUUGUAGUGCCAUACUUUUACCAGUUGUGUUACAGGCCGUCAGUCUUGUAGGUACGAGUUUUUGGCUUUGCUCUCACCCCACAUUAACACAUACACACAUAGACCACACAUACACACACACACACACACACACACACACACACACACACACACACACACACACACACACACACACACACACACACACACACACACACCCACACCCAUUUGUAGACACUUGCAGGUGCCACAAUGCCUCCUGAAAUGUUUUGUGCUUAUUUUGUGCCCUUCUUUUCCAAACUGUUUAUUUUUUUUGCCUUGUUUUCUAGUGUUGCCUUUAGUUUCACAAUGUUAAACCAAUAAAGUUUGAAUAUUGUUAAACAUU